CAAAUUUCGUCACAAAAGAAUAUUCCCAAUUUCCCAUCAAGUGUCCCCAAUUGUUUAGGAGGACUCGUUUAAAAACGUGAAAACAUAAUCAAGGAUUCUAUUCCACAAAAUCGUAGUCAAUUCUGAAAAAAGGCCCAAAAUUGAAUCCAAUUUCCAAAGUUAUUGCGCAAAUUAAAGAGAGGCAGAAGAGCGUUACUCCCACGCGAACAGCCGCAUUUUCCGGCACCACCCAACAAUCCACCUUAAGCAUUCCCAUUCUCAUUGCAUUCUCUCUCCUCCUUCAUUCUUUGUUUGAAUUAAUCUGAGGAGAGAGAAAACUUUCAUACCCUUUUCUCAUUUAAACUUCAGGAAGUAAGGCCUUUGACCGUGUUAAAUCGUCUUCAUAUACUUGGGGUUGGCUUAUAUAAAGGUCGGGCUGUCAAUAUUGUUGACAGCCCGAUUUUAUUGAACUCAGUCAAAAAGUUCAGGAUUCCUUUCCAAGUCACUUCCAAGUCACUUAUCAGAAAUAAUAUUCUUUUCGUUUGGGCAAAUACUUGUAUGAAGGCUAUUUGAAUAUUUGAUAUACUCUGAAUUACUCAUUGUGUUUAGGUGAUCUCACUUUUUCUGGCUCUUAUUCGUGGGUUGCUCUGUUUAGUGAUCUGUGUGAGUUUCUACAAAAUAGAGCUUGAUAUUGUUUUAUGAGAGUUUUUGAACUUGCUGUGCAUCAUGGGUACCUUGUCCGGAAGCCUUCAACGACCUCUAUUCACAGCUGCUGCUGUUGCCGUGGCAUCUGUUUCAACUGAUCUUCCGAACAAGUUAACGGAUACCAAACAAUCUGAUCCUUCUGUUGCCUCAGAAACAUUGGCUUCAUCAUCAGAUUCAUCACCCCAUGACUCAGCUCACAGUUCAGGAUUGUCAUGGGUGUCUAACAUUUCAGUUUCCAAGCUUGCAAGGUUGUCGUUUGUGACCAGAAUCCGGGUGCCAGUGCCUAAUAUAAACUAUCAUCCAAUACCAAAUUCAAGCUGCAGUUUUGCUGGAAAUUCAGUGGGUUCAUCUCCCAUUUUGGUUAACCUUUACCAGUCUGCUGAGUUAGCCAAGGCCUCGAAACCCAAAACAUAUUCUUAUCCUAGUCCAAGCGUGCCAUCCUCAGACUUGUACAGGUGGCAUUUGCCUGAGCCUAGUACUGUUGAUGUUGCUGGAAAGUCAGAUUGCUCUUCUGCAAAAUCUAGGACAGUGGUGGUUUUGCUGGGAUGGUUGGGAGCAAAGCAGAAGCAUUUGAGUAAAUAUGCAGAAUGGUAUACUUCAAAAGGCUUUCAUGUAAUCACCUUCACUUUUCCAAUGUCUGAGGUUCUCAGCUACCAGGUUGGUGGGAAAGCUGAGCAGGAUGUUGAGUUGCUUGUAAACCAUCUUGCUGACUGGCUAGAAGAGGAGCAUGGCAAGAACCUUGUUUUCCACACCUUCAGUAACACGGGUUGGUUAACAUACGGAGUUGCUCUGGAGAAGUUUCAUAAGCAGGACCCUUCUUUAAUAGGGAGAAUUAAAGGCUGUAUCGUGGAUUCAGCUCCAGUUGCAUCCCCAGAUCCUCAGGUAUGGGCUUCAGGUUUCUCUGCUGCUUUUCUGAAAAAGCAAAGUGUAGCAACAAAGGGGAGAACAGCCUCAUGUGAUUCGGAUGAAGAGGAUUCUGUUGUUGCGAGAAGUGUUAAUGAGCUAAAACCUGCAGUGACUGAAACAGCUUUACUUGUAUUCUUGGAGAAGUUCUUUAAAGUUGUAUUGAACCUUCCUCCAGUGAAUAGGAGACUGACUGAUGUUAUGGGAUUGCUGUCUUCUAAGCAGCCAAGCUGUCCGCAGCUAUACAUAUACAGUUCUUCAGACAGGGUUAUUCCUGCAAGUUCUGUGGAAUCAUUUAUAGAGCAGCAGCGGAAAUCUGGGCAUGAGGUUAGAUCGUGCAACUUCAUCUCCACGCCUCAUGUAGAUCAUUUCCGGAAUGAACCACAAUUGUAUACAUCUCAGCUAACAAAAUUUUUGGAAGAUUGUGUACUUAAGUGUUGCAAAGGAUCUUUUUGAACAGAUACCAUUGAUUCUUUAUACAAACCUAUUCAAGGUUAUAUGUGAUAGAUAGGAUGAUUUUUAACUGAUCAUUUUAAAAACUAGGGUAGUAACUAAGUAAGAUUUGCCCUAAAGCCUCUUGUAACAAGUUAUACAAUUGUACAAAGCAUUCAAAAGUUUUAGCCUCUAGUCGAUGUUUUCAUGCAGUUAUUGUUGCACGCCGUAUAUCACCUCUACUGCUUUUCCGAUCAUACAGCAAAUGCAGAAUUGGUCUUAUUUUGUUUAGUUUGUGCUCUUUGGUGCCUAUAAUAUUGUCCGCUGUUUGGUCCAGAGCAUAACAAUCCUGUAAUCAGCCAUUCUUUAUUGGUUAUUGUGUUCACCAAGUCAUUGUCGAAACUUGCUGUGUAAUACAGAAUUUUAACGCCAAGGACUAAUCAAGAAUGGAAGUGUAUCUUGCCUCACCUUUCAUGAUUUAAAGCUCCGAGUGAACCCGAAAUAGGCCAUGGUCAGGUACAGCUGUAUAGGCUUACAACUUGCUAACCCAAAAUGGCUAUUGUGUCUUAGAUACUCUUUGCCCCCCCAAAAAAUGGCAUUAAGAUAUAAACAUCAAUCUAAACCAUCAAAUUAUUGUCCCCUCAUCGUACAUCAUUCCCUUAGUCAUUCCGCGGUUCCUGUUUCCGUCUCUCCUCAUGUAGCGUUGUUUAUCUUCAUCAGCCACCACUCCAAGCACCGGCAUACACCAUCCAUCACGCCGAGCAGGUGGCAGAUGGUGUAACAACAGCCCUUCUUAGAAAGAAAGUAAGAACUCAAUUAUGACCGGCCAAGUGGAAGUUACAACUACCUAAAUUUGUUGUGUUGUCUAUAAUGAGUGGAACACCAAACAAUGUAAUGAUUGGAAUAAUCUUUAAGU